AACACGAACUGAUCACCGUUUCCGGGUUUCUCGAAUCCAUCUAAUCUCUUCUUUGUAUCUCGUUGUAUAGUCUCGUUUAACAUAUGCUGAAAUGAUCGGUACAUUACGCUGUGUUCACAGUAUUCACCAGCCUUCAAGACAGACAGAUAAGCGCAUCUCGCAGAAUCUGCGCAGAAUUGACCUCCCAGACAAAAUGGCUAUCCAGCUAACCUUACGAGCUAGCUAGCUUAGCCACCUCCCUUUCAAAAGCACGCAGUUAAUUAAGCUGUCGUUACUCUUCGUCGAUAGUUUUGCACUUGAAGUUGUAGAGUUUGGCUUCAACAAAAACUGAAUUUCGUUAUCAACAUGGCAAGAAUGGGAAGAAGGUGACACACGUCGAGGUGAACGAGGAUGUCCUGGUUCUCUCACACACUGCAGGGCUCUGGCCAGCAGCCUCCUGCUCCGCAUGCAGCGCCCCCUACUGUGGAGGACCUGUCUUAUGCAUGCCUUGCACAGCCCAGCAGCGAAUUGCAACCUUCUGCUGCACAGAGCUGGCACUGCAUGCCCUCUAGCUCUGAUUCCCAUAGCCUGGCCGCCUUCCCCUCUGUGCCUCAGACAACAGCGCCACCUAGCCUGGAGGACUUAUCCAGCAGCUGUGUGGGAACAGGGACGGGGGCGGGGCCAGCGCCUCUCUCCUAUGUGACCAUACAGGAGCAGCGCUGUGUGCUGAGUUGGUUCCAGGGUUGGGGGGUGGCCCAGAGAGACCGCUUCCUGCAGGACCUGUUGGCCAAGGCUGUGCCAGGGAAGGUUUGCACCUUGCUGGAUCAACUCAACACACUGCAGGUGCGGGACCGCCCGCCCAGCAUCUUCGAAUGCCAGCUGAGGCUGUGGUCGCAGUGGUUCGAGUCGUGGAGCGAGGAGGAGAGGAAUGCCUUCCUGCACCAGCUGGAGGAGCACGACCCCAUCUUCGUUGCCCACUUCUACAGAGUGGUGGCGGGGACGGCGGGCAGGGACUGAGGGGUUCAGGGUGGAUCCUGCCCGAUUCUCGCCCGAUUCCCUGAGCCCGGGGGCAGGGGGAGUCAGUCCUGUGUUUCACUGAGAGAAAGGAUGGGGGGUUGGGGGGCCGCUCACCUGGGCUUAAUCACUGCACUAUUGAAUGGGUGGGGCACAGACUGGGUUCCAGUGUAAUAUGAUGAAGAGAUCAGUGGGAUGGAAAGAGAGGCGGAGCGGUAGAGAGGAGCGCAGGUCACGGCUUCACACAGCGAGGGUAAGUGUCUUGGGGAGAUCUGUGUGUGACGACACUGUGGAGACAGGUGCAGGUGUGUGUGCGUGUAACGGAAAUAAAAGCUUCCGUCCUGUUAAGUGGCCACUUUGUUCAGCGUGGCAUGUCCUACCGCUCACGGCAGGCUGAGUGAGUGUGCGUCAGAGUGCACACGGUCUGCACGCUGCUGUUCAUUCCCUUCCAAAGGAAAAGGGAAAGUGAAAGAGAAGGGUCAGCAGCAUGUCUCCACAAAAUGCAGAGUUUGAAUCCAUUAAAAAAAAUUGUGUUGCACCAAUAUUCAGAGGUAUGGUUUGUUCCUUCUUAGAUACUG